AAAGUCAACUGUAACAUCGGUGCUUAACAUCCAAAAAAGAAGCAGCGGCCACAGACACUCACCAGGGCCCGUGGAGGGAGGGCCGAGCCGGAUCGGGCCGGACUCCGGCCCCCAUUUCCGGCACCACGUGCUGCCUUCUCCGGGUAAAGUUCCGGCGGCGGAAAUCUGGUGGAGAAAUGUACCGGCAAUUAGCAGCUUCCAAAUGGGUUGCUGGUCGACUGUGUUCAAGGCUAAACUUAAGCUUCAUAUUCCAAGAAUAUCUGGCAAGACAGCAGAAAACAUGCACCUACAACGAAAGAAAACAUUCUAAUUGUGUUCAUGAUCAGAGAAUGUUGUGGACAGAUCACACCUGUCUCAAGAGACAAAUUCUUGGGAAAGGAAUUCCUUGGAAGAAUGCACUUUGUUUACCUCUCUGUUUAACGUGCAACAGUUUGAUAAGAACUUAUCAUACAAAAUCAUAUCCUGUUUUAAAUGGAAGUAUUCAGCCAAUUCACCGACAUGUUUUUGAAUCUAACUUGCGCAACAGUAUGGUCUGUGCUGAAAGGUAUUCGGAACUGAUGGAGCAAGUAAUACAGGGUGGAGGUGAAAAAGCAAUUUUGAGGCACACCCAGAGGAAUAAAAAACUCCUGGUCCGAGACCGUUUACAAUUGCUUCUGGACAAAGGGGAGAUCCUGGAGCUGUCUCCUUUUGCUGGCCUGGGAAUGCCAUAUGGAGAUAUUCCUGCUGCAGGCUGCUUAACUGGAGUAGGUAAAAUCAGUGAUGUCUGGUGUGUAUUCAUUGCUAAUGAUGCAACAAUCAAAGGAGGGACAGCCUACCCAAUCACAGUGAAGAAGCAGCUGAGAGCCCAGGACAUUGCAAUUCAAAAUGGGCUGCCUUGCAUUUACUUGGUGGAUAGUGGGGGAGCAUUUUUACCACUUCAGGCAGAUAUAUUUCCUGAUAAGAACCAUGGCGGUCGAAUGUUCUACAAUGAAGCAAUAAUGUCUGCAAUGGGCAUUCCUCAGGUAGCAGUUGUGUGUGGCUCAUGCACCGCUGGUGGCGCGUAUAUCCCAACAAUGGCAGAAGAAACCGUGAUGGUGGACAGGAUCGGGACAAUAUUCCUUGCUGGACCCCCACUUGUCAAAGCAGCAACCGGGGAAGAUGUUAGUCCUGAAGAACUGGGGGGUGCAACUCUGCAUGCAAAGAUUAGCGGAUGCAUUGAUCAUUUUGCAGCUACAGAGGAAGAAGCAUAUGAAUGUGUCAGGAAUAUUAUCGCCACUUUAAAUUUUGAUCUUCCAUCAAACAAGAUAUCCGACUUUGAAGAGCCUGCUUAUGCACCUGAUGAACUGAAUGGUCUUGCUCCAAGGGAUUAUGCACAUACCUUAAAUGUUAAACUGGUUCUGAGUCGUUUGAUAGAUGGAAGUAGGUUCCUGGAAUUCAAAGCAUUAUAUGGGACUACGCUGGUAACUGGUUUUGCUCAGAUUAAAGGUCACCUUGUUGGAAUUGUGGCCAACAAUGGAGAACUCACACAUAAUGCUUCACUAAAAGGCAGCCAUUUUGUGCAGCUUUGUGACCAGAGAGACAUUCCUAUCAUAUUUGUUCAAAACACAAGACCAAAUGUUACCGUGGCUGGAACAUUAUCUAAGGCUGAAGAUGUUACCAACCAACUUAAGGCCCAGGGCACCAUGAUAUCAGCUGUGGCGUGUGCCACUGUUCCCAAGAUAACCAUUAUAAUUGGAGGCUGCUAUGGUGGUGAAAGUUUUCCUAUGUGCGGUAGAUCAUUUGAUCCGAACUUCCUUUUUCUAUGGCCCAAUGCCAGGAUUGGACUAGUUGGCCCAAGUUACAACCCAGAGAUCCAGAAAUCUGAUGGAGAAAUCCAAGAUGAGACACAACUGAAGAUCAUGAAAGAAACGCUGGAGAAUGAGAGUUCUGCUUUUCACUCUUCUUCCAGAGUUUGGGAUGAUGGUAUAAUACUGCCUAAAGACACUCGGAUGGUAAUAGGUCACUGUCUAAAUAUCAUCAAACAGAAACCUCGACCGCAUUCACAACCCGAAAAACAUGCUGUCCUAAGAAUGUAAACUCGGAGAGUGGCAUAAUUCAUCAACUCAAUCAAUGAAGCUGAGCAGCUGUUGUAAAGAGAAGAAGCACAGGCUAAGAAAUUAAUAGUGAUUAAGUAUGGCAGAGCAUGCUCAAAGACCCAAACCAGUCAAUAUGUCCUUAAGUGGCUAAUUAAAUUAAAUAUCAUCUUGAUCCUACAGUAUUCGUGGCCUACAGCAACAACCAAAAUACUUAGCAUCCCAAACCAUUCAAGGUUUCACUGUUAGGAUUGGAGUAAUUUUUUUGUAUUUGACAAUGGCAGUGAUUCAUACAAACACCAUAAUGUUAGGCAGAACACAACUGCUUUCUGCUAAUGCACAUGUUUUGCAGCUAUGUGUUCUAAUUCUAAUCUCAAAAGAACAGCUUCUGCUGCACAGUGUGGUCUCAAGUGACCUUCAGUCACCAGCCUGUUAUGAGUUUAAACCCAAGAGCCAGCAAUGAAAGGUCAGUGAAGUAACCCCAGUCCAUAAGUUGUCAGUCUGAAUGUCUUCAAGGUUUUGCCAAACAUUUCUCAUUUGUUUAUUAAUUUGAUGAUUUAUAAUGAUGCUGCAAACUUCUAAAAUGAAAGGAAUUGAUGUCACUAGGGCAGUAAGGUGCUUUCUCAGUAUUCAAGAACAGAUUUGAACUAAAUCUACAUUUUCCAAUACAAAGAGUGAAAAGUCA